UUGGCGUCGCUAGUCUUUACCAAGCGCGGCGUGCGACAAACUAAAGAGAGAAAGAAGAAGACGAAGAAAUGGGGAAACAUGAUGCCAAGCUAACUUAGCGAACAGUUCCUCAGAGGCUUUGUGCCGAGCAAUGUACCAGACAAGAUGGGCCAGGCCCUGUGUAUGUGCUCCCGUGGGUCCAUCACCAUCGAUAACAAGAGAUACUACUUCAUCCAGAAACUAGAUGAAGGUGGGUUCAGUUAUGUGGAUUUGGUAGAGGGAGUGCAAGACGGGCGCUUCUAUGCCCUGAAGAGGAUCCUGUGCCAUGACCGCGAGGGCCGUCAGGAGGCACAGACAGAGGUGGAGAUGCACCAGAUGUUCGAUCACCCCAACAUCUUGAGCUUAGCUGCACACACCUUCGUAGACCGUGGGGGCAAGAGCGAAGCCUGGUUACUUCUUCCUUUUAUUCGAAAAGGCAGCCUUUGGUCAGUUCUGGAGAAGCUUCGAGACAAGGGGAGCUUCAUGCCUGAAAGACAGAUUUUGCACAUCUUGCAUGGCAUCUGCUCAGGCCUCAAGACCAUUCAUGACAGAGGCUUUGCACACAGAGACCUGAAGCCGACAAAUGUGCUCCUGGAGGAGGAUGACAGGCCGGUCCUAAUGGAUCUGGGCUCUAUGAACAGAGCCAGGAUUGAGGUGAGAGGAACUAGGGAGGCAAUGACCAUUCAGGACUGGGCAGCCCAGAGGUGUACCAUUUCCUACAGGGCUCCUGAACUUUUCAAUGUAGAGAGCCACUGCAUUAUUGAUGAGCGCACUGACAUCUGGUCACUUGGCUGUGUGCUUUACUGCAUGAUGAUGCUGGAGGGACCGUAUGACCUGAUAUUUCAGAAGGGGGACAGUGUUGCCUUGGCUGUCCAGAAUCCUGUGGCCAUCCCACAGCCUUGCAGUUACUCCGAGGGUCUGCAGAUGCUGCUGAGCUCCAUAAUGGUGUCCAAUCCCCAGGAGAGACCUGACAUCAACUGGGUUCUCGACCAGGUCCAGGACCUGCAGAGUCGCAGCCCCGACAUCCAGACCAACAUGGUCUGACUGGCCAACACACAUUGGUUAAAACAGCCUUGGAAUGAGAACUUUGCACACUUGAAUGGAGCAUCUCUUUAUUUGAGCUUGAACAUAGUAUGUAUAUACUUUUAUUUAUUGACGUCUAGAAUAAUGGCUUGGGUUCAGACUUUCAUCCAGAUUUGGGGAGCUUGGCAAAUGGUUAGCUUUCAGUUAGCAGUUUCAGGGCUUGCAUAUCACAGUCGGCUUUUUGAUUCUUUAUAGGCUUACCAAAUAAUGAAAGUAUUUGAAAGGACUCAAAUACAAUUACAGCCAGGUCUACAGGACCAGUACAGUGAAAAGUUAUAAUGCUUCUGACGCAGCAAAAUUUAGUUUCUAAGAUUGCAAAAGAUAAUAAGAUACGCUUAACCGUGCAGUCUGCAGAGAAGAGAGUUUAUUUUUUCCUGUUAUGAAAAUGGUUGAAUUAUACUGUAUAAUAUAACUGUUUGUUGACCCAAAAUGUGUUGAGCAUUUUAGGUGAAAAAAGGAAUACCAAAUCAUCAUUGCCAAACUUUCCAGUGGAAGGAAGCUACCCUGAGUACAGUAGACAGAUUACAUUCCCUACCAAGAGGUUGACUUGGCUCCAGGCAGAAAAUAUGGUCUACUUUUAAACUGAACCUCUCCUAUUUUUAUCCUUAACACUGAUUUUUUUUUUUUUUUUUGGUCUGUGUAAGAUCUUGGUCACACCUGUGUGCUGUAUAGCUAUCGUAGUUUUACCUAGAACUUGGCCUUCCCCUCCUUCACCCACACCAUAUGCCUCUACUCGAUGAAGCUGAGAAGCAAAGCUCUCCUCAUCCGCAAUGCUGCAUUUGAACACACAGAGGUGCUCCACCACCACAGUCGCCACGUGUACUUUCAUCUUUCUGUCUGUCAAGCUGAAUAAUGUCUGAAUGGGCUCGUUGUAAAACAAAGCAAAGAGACACCAGAUGUUUAUUCACAAACAAAUGAAAAGAGAAAGGGGCGUGCUGUUUAUAUACACAGGCCCAAUGAGAAAAUGAACUCCGACCAUGUCAAAGUUUUAAUGAAGACAUCCUGCCUGCUCUCUGAGAUCCAGUUUAAGAAAUAUUUUGUUAAGCGAGAAUUGAUAUCAUUGUUAUACCUGCUACUGCAGUUUAAUCUUUUUUAUAUCACUUUUCACUGUAUUCAUUAUAUUUUAAACACUCAUGUAUUUUCCAUUCCAGCUACAGUUGCAUAAUGCUUGUAUUUUAUUCUGACUUGCCUGUUAUGAGUCAGCGUUUAAUAUAAAGAUAACAUUUUCGUUCUCUCAGGGUUCACUUGGUUAUCUCAAAAGGUCUGAUAGUCUAUCUCAGAAGAUAUUAAUGGUACUAUAAAAAUUAUUUUUAAAUAAUACUUUGGGCAUUUAGAUGAAGAUUAAUGCUUUGUUUUGUGACUUGAUGAGUUGCUAUUAGACUACAUUGGGACUUAAUGCAUUUUAUUUGCUUGGCAACUUAUACUGUUUAUUGCUGGAGCAGUAAAUUGACACAAUGUACAAAUAUGUUUUUAAUGGUAAAUUAAUUUUUUUUGUCAAAAGACUGUAAAUUGUGUGCAGUUAGUGGCAUCAACCCAUUAACAAUUGAAGGAAUUUAUAAUUGUACUGUACGAGCAGAGUAAGAAGCAAGAGUGUGUUAUUUGAUUAUUUGAUUGUGCAAAAUUUUGUUGAUUUCCUGUUUUACCUUUCACUUCAUGGGAGAAGAGGAUAUUUGAUUAAAUAACCUUAAAUAUAUUGAAUCUGUAGCAUUCUGUGUACAGUUUGUAAUACAAUUUUCUGUUGAAUAAAGCUGCAUUAUCAUCCAAGAGA